GCGCCCCGCCCCGCCCCGGGCGCCCGCCGCCGCCGCCGCCGCCGCCGCCGCCGCCCCCGCCCCCGCCUCCGGAGCGGGCUGGGCGGGGGGGCCCGUGCCGAGCCUUGCCGAGCCGAGCCGCCCGCCCCUCGCCGCGCCGCGGAGGAUGCUCGGGCCGUGAGCCCGUAGCCGGCAGCCCCGGCGCCGCGGAGCCAUGGGCAAGGACCAGGAGCUGGUGCAGGCGGUGAAGGCGGAGGACAUCGCGGCCGUGCAGAAGCUGCUGCAGAGGCCCAAGCCCGGCAAAGCCAAGCUCCUCGGAUCGGCAAAGAGAGUCAAUGUCAACUUCCAAGACACUGAUGGGUUCUCGGCUCUGCACCAUGCGGCACUCAAUGGCAACACAGAGCUCAUCUCGCUGCUGCUGGAGGCGCAGGCUGCAGUGGACAUCAAGGACAACAAAGGCAUGCGGCCCCUGCACUACGCAGCUUGGCAAGGCAAGAAGGAGCCCAUGAAAAUGGUGCUGAAAGCGGGUUCCUCCGUGAACAUCCCGUCGGACGAGGGCCAGAUCCCCCUGCAUCUGGCAGCACAACAUGGCCACUACGACGUGUCAGAGAUGCUCCUGCAGCACCAGUCCAACCCCUGCAUCAUGGACAAUUCGGGGAAGACACCCCUGGACCUGGCAUGCGAGUUUGGCCGAGUCGGGGUGGUCCAACUGCUCCUGAACAGCAACAUGUGCGCGGCGCUGCUGGAGCCCAAACCAGGGGAUACCACUGACCCCAACAGCACCAGCCCCCUGCACCUUGCUGCCAAGAACGGCCACAUCGACAUCAUCCGGCUCCUGCUGCAGGCUGGCAUCGACAUCAACCGGCAAACCAAGGCGGGCACGGCGCUGCACGAGGCGGCCCUGUGUGGCAAGACGGAUGUGGUGCGGCUGCUGCUGGAUAGCGGGAUCAACGCCCAUGUCAGGAACACCUACAACCAGACUGCUCUGGACAUCGUCAACCAGUUCACCACCAGCCAGGCCAGCAAGGAGAUCAAGCAGAUGCUGCGGGACGCCUCGGCCGCUCUGCAGGUUCGGGCCAUCAAGGACUAUUGCAACAACUAUGACCUGACCAGCCUCAACGUCAAAGCCGGGGACGUCAUCACUGUGCUGGAGCAGCACGCGGAUGGGCGCUGGAAGGGCUGCAUCCAUGACAACCGCACCGGCAACGACCGCGUGGGCUACUUCCCCUCCAGCCUCGUCGAGGCCAUAAGCAAACGAACAGGUUCAUGGGAGACUGUAACAAUCCCCCAACAGUACCAAAAGAUCCCGCUCCCGGCUUACGGGGCUGCUGUGCUAAACGGUGACGCCUCGUCCCAUCCGUUCCAUUCCCUGCCUCCACCUCCACCUCCACCACCACAUUCCCAUCAGACUCUUUUCAGUUCCUUUGGCUAUCGCAGGCUCUCCCCUAGCAGUGCCGACGAGCCGCGGGACGCACAAGGGUCCCGCGGGGCCGACAUGAGCCCGUCCCACCUCUCGCCGUCGCAGGGCGGAUCAGCAGCCCCAGCCCCCACGGAGGAGAUCUGGGUGCUGCGGAAACCCUUUGCAGGUGGUGACCGCAGCAGCCUGGGCAGCACAGGCAGCGUGGCCUCAGCCCGCAGCUCGGGGAGCGGGCAGAGUGCAGGCAGUGGGGCACACGCCCUGCACGCCAGCUCCGAAGGUGUCAAGCUGCUGGCAACCGUCCUUUCCCAGAAGGCUUCUGCGCAAGAGUCUGCCGUGGGCGAUGGGCCGGCCAAGGCGCAGGACAUCCCCGCAGGUUCAUCGCGGUCGCAGAGCGUGGCUAGCUCCCCAUACGCCCCCCCGCCCCCCGCUGAGCCCCAGCUGAAGAAGAUGGAGCCGCCAUCGGAGGGGAAGAGCUCAGAGGCUGUGUACCAGUGGCUCUGCAAGUUCCAGCUGCAGCUCUACGCACCCAACUUCAUCAAUGCCGGCUACGACAUCACCACCAUUAGCCGGAUGACGCCGGAGGACCUCACAGCCAUCGGUGUCACCAAGCCAGGGCACAGGAAGAAAAUCGCCUCUGAGAUCAACAACCUCAACAUCCCCGAGUGGCUGCCGGAGUAUAAGCCGGCCAACUUGGCACUGUGGCUCUCCAUGAUCGGGCUGUCCCAGUACUACAAGGUGCUGGUGGAGAACGGCUACGAGAACAUUGACUUCAUUACUGACAUCACCUGGGAGGACCUGCAGGAGAUCGGCAUCACCAAGCUGGGCCACCAAAAGAAGCUGAUGCUGGCGGUGAAGAAGCUGGCGGAGCUGCAGCGUGCCGAGCUGGGCAAGUACGAGCCGGGCACACUGAAGAGGAAGGCGGCAGCGUGUCCUGAGGUGCUGGCCAUCGAGUCCCCGCCGCCAGAGCCACCCGAGUGCCAGUCACCCAAGAUGACCACAUUCCAGGACAGCGAGCUCAGCAGCGAGCUGCAGGUGGCCAUGACAGGCGAAGCCCCUGAGGAGCCCCCUGAGAAGGCGGCGAACCCCCCAGGCCCCGGCUACCGCUCGCCCCCGGGGCUGGGCGGCCGUGCCAGGCAGAUGAGCAGCUCCCAGGAGCUGCUGGGGGACAGCCCCAGGGCCCCCCCUGCUGCCGCCAUCUCCAAGAGCCAGGAGUACCUGGCGGAGGGGGCUGGCGAGGGCCCCCCCGCGCCGCCCAAGGAGGGGCGCCCGCCCCGGCACGGCCACCCUGUCAAGCGUGCCAGUGUGCCGCCAGUGCCUGGCAAGCCCCGGCAGCCCUUCCCACCCUCCGCCGGGCAUCUGACGCCACCGCAAACCCCUGGUAAGCCGCGACCCCCCUCCCCGCAGGGCCCGUCAGUGCCCCACGCCACCGCCAAAGUGAAGCCCACCCCGCAGCUGCUGCCACCGGGCGAGCGCCCUGCGUCCCCCCGCUCCCUGCCCCAGUCACCCACCCACCGUGGCUUCGCCUACGUCCUGCCGCAACCCGCUGAGGGUGAAGGGGGGCCCCCGGGGGUGCCCGUCCUGCCCGUCUCGGUGCCAGUGCUGUGCCUGCCAGCGGCAGGUGAGGGUGAGGAGGAGCCGGGGCGGCCGAAGAAGCGGGCGCACAGCCUGAACCGCUACGCCGCCUCUGACAGCGAGCAGGAGCGGGACGAGCUGCUGGUGCCGGACGCAGGGCCCUACGCCACUGUCCAGCGGCGAGUGGGCCGCAGCCACUCGGUGCGGGCACCCGCCGGCGGCGACAAGAAUGUCAACCGCAGCCAGUCCUUUGCUGUCCGCCCCAAGAAGAAGGGGCCCCCACCGCCUCCUCCAAAGCGCUCCAGCUCUGCCAUCUCCAGCGCCGGCAUGGCUGAGGACUUCCCCAAGGAGGGCGAGGGAGAGGCGGCCCCCGCUGGGCCCCUCACCGCCGAGGGGGAGAGUCGCCGGGAGCAGCGGCGUGCCAGCGACCUGGGUGGCAGCGUGGACACGGGCAGCGCCGGCAGUGUGCGCAGCAUUGCGGCCAUGCUGGAGAUGUCCUCCAUCGGUGGCGGGGCCCGGGCAUUGGCGCUGCAGAAGCCACAUGGGGCCAGCGGGCAGGCCAAGGUUCCUGAUGGCUACUACCUGCAGCCGGGGGCUCCCCCGGGCAGCCCUGAGCGUGCCCGCGUGGCCACUGUCCUGGCCACCGUCAAGCACAAGGAGGCCAUCGGGCUGGAUGGGGAGGUGGUGAACCGGCGCCGGACCAUCAGCGGCCCCGUCACCGGGCUGGUGGCAGCUGCCCGCCACGAGCGCGCCGACAGCUUGCGGUCAGACGUGGGUGCCGACAGCCCUGGAGAGCGGCUGCGGGUGGAGCGCGGCGGCUCCCCGGAUGCCAUCCCCUUCGCCGAGGACGGCAACCUCACCAUCAAGCAGCGACCGCGGCCCCUGGGACCGGCCCGGGGUGAGGCAGGUGAAGGGCUGUCCCCAGCCCACCGCCACGGGGACCUGGCCAAGGUAGAGGCCAGUGCCACGCUGAAGCGGCGGAUCCGGGCCCGGCAGAGCCAGCAGGAUGGUGUCCGCUUCGUCCUCACUGAGUCCGACACCGUCAAGCGCCGGCCCAAGGCCAAGGAGAAGGAGCCGGCGCUGGAGCCAGCCCUGCUCGCCGUCUACCAGAACGGCACCGGCACCGUCAAGCGGCGGCCGGCCUCUGAGCUGAGCGGGGUCGAGCCGCCCCCCACCCUGCCGUCCGCUGCCCGCCCUGAUGGCCCCGACUACGUCCCGCCACCCGCCGAGCCGAAGAAACCCUUCAAGCCACCGGUGUCCCCCAAACCUGUGCUGACACAGCCACCCCAGAAGGUGCCCGGGCCACCAGCACCCAUCCCCAAAAAGGUGCCCAUCCCAAGCCCUGGCAGUCCAGAGGUGAAGCGUGUCCAUGGCACACCGCCCCCGGUGUCUCCCAAGCCUGUGCCACCCCCCACGGCACCCAAGCCCCCCAAGCCCCAUGCCGCCAUCCAGUCAGUGAGCGCUGGCUCCACGCCAACCCCGUCGCCCGCCCGGCAACUGGGUGCCGGCACUGCCAAGCCCUCCAGCACGCCGCCCUCGCUCUGCUCCAGCCCUGCCAAGCCCCUCUCACCUGGCGCGCAGCCCCAGCAGGUACCGGUGAAGCCGCCGCGCUCGGCCAUCGCUGGCCCCUCCAUCGACACCACCGGCCCUGAGCUGGCGCAGCAGAAGCUGGAGGAGACAAGUGCAUCCCUGGCCGCCGCGCUGCAGGCUGUGGAGGAGAAGAUCAAGCAGGAGGACAGCCAAACGGCAGACUCGGCCGUGGAGUCGAAGAGCACCGUGAGCAUCCUGGAUGACAUUGGCAGCAUGUUCGACGACCUGGCGGACCAGCUGGAUGCCAUGCUGGAGUGAGGGGUGUCAGGGCCCCCCGAACCUCAGGGCUUACGUGGGCACAAGGGCACAACGAUCCACGACCCCCCCGGCCCCGCCGCCCUCCUCCCGUCCCCUCUGUACAGCUGUCCCCUCCCGGACAUCCCGUCCCUCGGGGUUUGCACAAAGAAGAAGAUACCUCAGGAUUGUGCUCACGGACUCGGCGUCGGCUCUGGCAGGACUCCCUUUGCAGAAGCAAAAAAUAAUUAAAAAAAUACAAGAAACACCAGAAGAAACAAAGCACCAUGGAACAGCCCCUCGCCGGCUGCUGGGACUCCGGGAGUCUCUCAUCUACGUGGCCGGUGGUCGCAGCCAUCAUGCCCGUGUCCUGCCGGCACCGCGGGUCGGCCCGAAUGUAGCACAAGCCCUGCCCGGCGCGGUGACCCCGGCACGGCGGCUCCGUCAGCCGCGUGUCACCGACGGCGUUUGCUGGUGGUCGCGCUGGCGGCGGAUCCAGGUGGGCAAAAGCACUUGGGUUUCUUUCCUCCUUUUUCAAGCUUUUCCUUUUUGAAGUUUUCUUUCUCUUUUCCGUCGUCGUUGGCAGAGGCCGGGUGGGGCGGAGGGUCCAGCCGGGCAGGGGGCUGCCCCACAGAGGGACACGGGGACCUGGCCAUGGGGCUUCGCCUCGGAAGCGGGAAGGCAGUUGGUUUGCGUUGGUUACAAAUUGGGGAGCGAAGGCCCCGACUCGGGGCUCUCGGCUGGCGGGGGCAGCGGGACGUGCCCCUGCCCGGCCCCUCCCGCCGGGGACAGGACAGUGAUAAGCUAUAAAGAAGUAUUAAUUUAUUGGAGGGGGAAAAAAAAAAAAGAUAUAAACCAGAUUUCCCUCACCCCCAAAAUAAUAAAAAGAAUAAACUUUAACAAAUAUAUAUUUAAAAGAUUUAAAAAUAUUAGCAAUUAUAUAUAAAGCAGUUUAAAAGAAAUCAAGAGAAAACUGGAUUUUAGCUUGAGAAAAACUAUUAGAUUAUACUAAGCUGUGUGUCUUGUGGCAAACUCAUUCUACGAGUAGCACAAUAUUUCCCUUUUCUCCGGGUGGAAGGUACGUGCGAGCAGUUCUGUUCGGGUCUUUCCGUUGGGAUUCAGUGUCGCGUCUUUAUUUUUACACUGUUAUGAACUCAAAGGAUGUGCCUUGUUUUAUGGAGGUUUUUGUUAAUUCUUCGACUGGAGGUGUUUCUGUUCUUUUGGAGUGUCUUCAGGUUUCCGUUUUGUUCAUUAUUUUGGGGUUUUUUUUGGCAUUUGUGGGGGUGUGUGUGGGUGUGGGUGUGUGUGCACGCGGGGGUGCGUGUGCUCCGGGUGUUCUCCGGGACGCCCCACUGUAUAUUCCUGUAUAAACUGGAGUUGGAGUCUGGUUCAGUCGCUUGAGUCCUGAUGAAUGCAUUUUAUUUUUGGCUUGUGGUUUCCAAACAAAGUGUUGCUGUUCCUUUCUUUUCUUGAGACACACGGAGUCGUCUCUCCCUCCACCUUCCUCUCCCUCUCCCCUCGUCUCUCCUGUUGUGGUCGCUGAUCCAGAUGUGUUUGGCACAACUUUGAAAUUUCUUUAAAAAACGAAACAAAAAACACACAAAAAAGACUCUAAAAAUAACAAAAAAAAAAAAAAAAUCACCUGCCUGAAAAUAUCUGUUGAAAAGGAAAAAAAUAUGUUAUCUUGAAAAAAAAAAUUCCAUAAAGUUCUACAUGAUGGAUAUAUACAUAUAUAUAUUUUUUAUGAUUAAGUUAUGGACUCUGUAUUGUAUCCCAUCUGUCCAGCUAUGCAUCUUGGUGCUUCUCCCCGCUCUCCUGUGCUUAGAUCUCACCUCUACUUGUCUUAUUCUUCCUAUUCUGAAUAGUAGAUGGCUCGUGGUGCUGUGAAGAAGUUUGCUCCUAUACGAAGUCUGGCAACAAAUAUUUAAAGAAAAAUAAAAAAGAUAAAACCCCU